UGCGAACGUGAUGGCUCGGGUUUAUUCUUCUUCUCCAAGGAAUGCAAAAUCAAGUGAUACAGGACUGCAGGCAAAAUCAAAGGAGUUCAGGAACCCAAACAGGAACCAGAUACGCUCAAUCUGGGGCUUUGAGUACCGAGAAGCUGUACGGAUGAUGGCAGAGACACGAGAUGCCCAUGCGUCUCCAGAAACGUAUUUCUGCAGCUCAAAAGGCAAGAGCGGUGGCGGCUGUGAAGGAGACAGACGCUGAAAAACAGUCCCCGAAGACGUCCUCUCUACACUAUUCGGACCUGCAGAAUCUGGGGAGUACACGGCAACCAUGGCAAAUGUAUAUAGAUGUGGAUAAAAACGAAUGCAAGAAUGAGAAAUUGAGAACGACUAAAGAUUCAAGACCAGCUUGAGGGGGCUGAACCUGUCGAGCCUUGAAGAUGAUGAGGCCUGCCCGGU